GUGCGUCAGAUUAUUAUAUUUUUUUCUACAUACAUUUAUGAGGUGGAUUAUUUUGAAAUUAAAUUUAACAAAAAAUUAAUCAUUUACCGUAAAAUGAAUAAUCGUAAACCGAGACGUGAUUCAGAUGUUAUUCUUUCAAAUUAUAAUCAGAAGGAGCUACUGUUUAAAUUUCUUAUCAUCGGUGAUUAUGGAGUAGGUAAAACCGCAAUCGUGAGGCGAUACACAGAAGGCAAAUUUUCAUCGAAUUAUAAAAUAACAAUAGGCGCUGAUUUUGCAAUUAAAUCACUUGAUUGGGACCCUCAUACUAAAAUUAAUUUGCAGCUAUGGGAUAUUGCUGGUCACGAAAGAUUUGGAUACAUGACACGAGUUUACUAUAAAUAUGCAGUCGCAGCUGCUCUAGUUUUCGAUAUUUCACGAGUAGCGACAUUUCAAUCGGUUAAAAAGUGGCUAACCGAUCUUCGAGAAAAGGUUACCUUACCGGAUGGCUCCAGUAUUCCGAUUGUUUUAUUAGCUAAUAAAUGCGACAUCCAACAUGUCGCUAUUCCUACGGAUCAAAUUAUUAAGUUUUGCAAAGAAAAUAAAAUUUCUAAAUGGUACGUCACUUCUGCUAAGGAUAACAAAAACAUCGAUGAAGCAGUACAUUACUUAGUAGAGAAUGUGUUGAAAGCCAAGAUAGAAGACGAAAUAAAGGACUCGAUAAAGUUACGCACUGCUCCAAUCACUACCGAGAAAAGUGGAUGUUGCAAGCUUUGA